AUGGUUCGUCUUACACUAUUGGCACUCGCUGCCACUGCUCAGCUUUCCCACGCGUGGCUGCCCGUUGAUGGCUCAAAGAAGCUUUUGGACACCCGCGGCUUUAGUCUGUUCGAUGGCCAGAACACGACCGACGAUGAGGCGCCCAGCGUUGGCAAGCGUUGGAUGCCCGCAGCCGGCAAGAUUAGGGGCGUCAACCUGGGCUCCCUUUUCGUCUUUGAGCCGUGGAUGGCCAACACCGAAUGGAACAACAUGGGCUGCGGCGGCCAGAAGUCCGAGUUCGACUGUGUCAUGAACAUUGGCCAGGAUAAGGCGGACGCUGCUUUCCAGAAGCACUGGGGCUCGUGGAUCACCCAGACCGACCUCGACGAGAUGAUGGGCUACGGAAUCAACACGAUCCGUAUCCCGCUCGGCUACUGGCUGGAUGAGUCGUUGGUCGACAAGAACUCUGAGCACUUCCCAAGGGGAGCUGAGAAGUACUUGAUCCAACUCUGCGGAUGGGCCAGCGAUCGUGGCUUCUACAUCAUUCUGGACCACCACGGUGCCCCCGGUGCCCAAGUCGCACAGAACGCCUUUACUGGCCAAUUCGCGCCCUCUGCCGGCUUCUACAACGACUACCAGUACGGCCGAGCCGUCAAGUUCCUCCAGUACCUCAGGAAGCUUGCCCACGACCACAAUGAGAUGCGCAAUGUCGGCAUGAUCGAGCUCGUCAACGAGCCCACCAGCUGGGACUCAGCCGUCCCCUCGAUGCGUAGCACCUUCUACAAGAACGCCUACAACGCCAUCCGCCAAGUCGAAAAGGACCUCGGCGUCUCGGCGAACAAUUACUUCCACAUCCAGAUGAUGAACACGCUCUGGGGCUCAGGCAACCCGGUGGAGUUCCUGGACGACAAGUACUUCACCGCUUUCGACGACCACCGCUACCUCAAGUGGGCGACGAACGUGCCCGUGACGCACGCCGACUACAUCUCGACCUCGUGCAACGACAACCGCAACAGCGACUCCUCCGGCCCCACCAUCGUCGGCGAGUGGAGCAUCAGCCCGCCGGACUCGGUCGAGAACACGGACGGCUGGAGCAAGGACUCGCAAAAGGACUUUUACAAGAAGUGGUUCGCGGCGCAGGUGCACUCUUAUGAGAAGAACACCGCCGGCUGGGUGUUUUGGUCAUGGAAGGCUCAGCUUGGAGACUACCGGUGGUCCUACAGAGAUGCUGUCAUCGCGGGUAUUGUCCCUACAGACCUGAACACCAUUGCCAGCUCCGGUGUUUGCAAUUAG